GAAACAGGAAGGACAGGAGGAGAUUUUCAAUAUGAAGCUCUUCUCAAGCUCUCUUUGCUUUGGACUCCUGGCUUUGUCGUCCGUGAUGAACAUUUUGAAAUCUGUGUGUGGACAGCCACAUCUGAGCUCAGGACAUGAGUUGUUUCCAGGUAAAGAAUAUACAACUCAGAAGAAACUACUGCUGGGUCUGCUGACCCGAAACCCUGGUUUACAGAAGUCCUCUCAUGCUGGUGUAGAUCUGCCCAGCAAACUGGAAGAACUUAGACAGCUAAAGAAGCUGAGAGAAUGGUUUAUGGAAGCAAAGAAUGCUGAGAUGUCCAAUGCUUUAGACAAUCUAUCCUCUUCCCACCCUAAUAAACGAGCUUGUUUUUGGAAAUACUGUGUCUGAGACUUUUCUGAAUAUACAGAAGAUAAGAACACUAGACAAUUACAUGUAUAUACAUACAUAUAUUAUGUAUAUAUACAUAUUGUAUAUACAUAAUAUUCAUAUUAAAGUUUACUUUUGUUUCAAGUGUUAAGAAACUGGCCUUGUUCUGCACAUCAUUUUUCUCACUUUGUGAAUCUGCUGCUCCCUGGGUUAUGGCUUUCCUAAUGCUCAUUUGGUGAACAAUGACA